AGCAUGACUCACUCAAUCCAUAAUAUUCUUCCUUUUUGUUUAUCCUAUCACAUAGUAGUUAGCCUAGAUAACUUUUGAUCACUUAAAAGUCUACGCUAAUUGCAUCCCAAGCACUAUUUCAUUAGUCCUCAAUUGUUAAACACUUGUUAAGCUUUAAAAAUAAGAUUGAGAAACCAAAAAAUAUAACAAAAUGAGCGUGAUCGUAAGAGAGUCUACCAUGGUUUGCCCGGCCGAGGAGACUCCUAAGAAAAAUCUUUGGCUCUCAAGGCUAGACAUGAUCAUACGCAUGCCAUAUUCCCACACCAACAUUAUAGCCGUUUAUAGUCCUUUAAAAGAUAAUAACGGUCCAAAAUUUUUUGACACAAAAAUUUUAAAGGAGUCCCUAAGUAAAAUUUUAGUACCAUUCUAUCCGAUGGCGGGAAGAUUAAAAAAGAAUGAAGAGAAUGGUCGAUACGAGAUCGAUUGCAAUGCGGCCGGUGCUUUAUUUAAAGAGGUAGAAACAACGCAUACUCUUGCGGACUUAGGUACCGAUUUUCGCAAGGUAGUGAUCCCUACGUGCGAUUUCUCGGGUGGCCUUUCGUCGUUCCCCUUGCUAAUGGUACAAAUCACACGAUUCAAGUGUGGUAGUGUAGGCAUGGGGUGUGCAACACAUCACCAUGUAAUUGAUGGAGUUGGAUCUGGUUACUUCCUUGUAUCAUGGGCUAGAUUGGCUAGGGGGCUUGACCUCCCCGUUAUGCCCUUCCACGAUCGGGCCGUCUAUGUUGCUCCUCGUGAUCCGCCUCAGAUCAAGUUUCGACAUUUGGAGUAUGAGCCACCUUUGCCACCCGUACUACCUAAGGGUCUUACAGGUGAAAUGGCAAGCGCAAGGGAAUGUAUGUUCAAAUUCUCUAAACGUAACAUAAACACCUUAAAAUUACAAGCCACAUCACAACCACAGGAGGUUCAAACCUACAAGCUAAGUACAUACGAGGUGCUAGCUGGGCACAUAUGGCGAAGCACGUGCAAAGCACGCGGUUUAACAGGUGAUCAAUACGUGAAACUCUAUAUACCCACUGAUGGGCGGUCAAGAUUGAGGGAUCCAACUCUACCACGAGGGUACUUUGGCAAUGUAGUUUUCUUUGCAGCUUGUAUUGCUAAGGCGCGUGAUCUCACGUGCAAGCCGGUAUCGUAUGCCGCGAGUAUGGUUCACGAAGCGCUAAAGAAAGUUGAAAGCACGGAAUAUUUGAGAUCGGCAAUUGAUUACAUAGAAUCACAACCUAAUCUAGAUACACUUGUACGUGGGGUGCAACAUGUUACAUGUCCAAACCUUGUGAUAAAUUCUUGGGCCAAACUCCCUUUUAAUUUAGGAGAUUUUGGUUGGGGCAAGCCCAAGACUGUGGCCCAAGGUGGAAUUAGACAUGAGGGGCAAGCAUUCUUUAUACCAAGCCCAAACGAAGAAGGUGUCAUUUUAUUAACUAUUAAGCUUUACAAUGACCACAUACCUCUCUUUGAGAAAUACUUGUAUGACUUUCAAAUUACUCCUAAUUUAUAGAUUUAUAAAUUUGGAGAAUUUGAAACAUUUUAAUGUUGUGUUGUUGUUUUGUUUUGUUUUUUUGUUUUUUUUUUAAAUGUUUUGUUUCUGCGUGUGAAAACAUUGUGUUGAUUGUGUAAUUUUUUUUUUCUAGUAAAUAAUUUCGACUUUUCAUUCAA